GCAGCAGCGUGCUUUAUUAGUCUUGAACGUGUCGUGCGUCCAAGUAUGAAUACUUCCACCGUCGCGCUUCCAGCCGGCGGUGCGCCGCUCCCGGCACCGGGCCGGAGAGUCCUGUUGUCUGCCUUGGACGUGUACUGGGUCGCGCUGCCUCCUGUUCGCUGCGUCUUCCUGUUCCAGUCUCCUCCCAGCGUCCAGUUCACGGACGUCGUAAGCGCCCUGAGGUCCUCCCUGGAGCGGGUGCUCCCGGCCUUCCACCCGUUCGCCGGCGUGCUAACCUACUCGCCCGACUCGCACGCCCUGUCCAUCGUCCUCCCAGAGGCCUGCGGCGUCGCGUUCGUGGAGGCCAAGACGGACCUCGAGUUGGAUAACCUCGUCGACGACGACGAUGUGCUCCGGCAGCUUUCUCCAGACAUCCACCGGGACGAGCUCCCGGCGCCCGUGAUGGCGGUGCAGGUGACGGAGAUCGUCGGAGGCGUGGCAGUGGGGAUGGCGGUGCAUCACUGCGCAGCCGAUGGGCGCGGCCAGCUGCGGUUCUUGGAAAUGUGGACGGCCACGGCGCGCGGCCAGGUGUGUCCUGGGCCGGAGCCGCUGCAUGACCGGAGACUGGUGCGCUUCCACGGAGACGACGACCUUGCCAGGUUAUACUUGCAGCAACUCGCGCCGGACUUGCCCAGGGUUGCCCCAAAGGAGGAUAUCGCGCGGGAGCAGGGUCACGCUCUCAGCCGGCGGACCUUCACGUUUUCCGCGUCUGCAGUGCGGCGCCUAAAGCAGCGUCUCGCCGCGACCGCCAACACACGCACAUAUCCAUCCACAUUCGCCGCAAUGGCGUCUCUUGGAUGGGUGUCCAUGGCGCGGGCUAGGGGAUUCACGGACGACACCCGAGUAUUUGUCGUCUUCCUUGCUGACUGUCGUGCUCAUAUGUCGCCACCGGUGCCAGGAGAAUAUGUCGGCAACAGCGUCGCUCUCUGCACAGCUUCUCUGAGCGGGUUGGAGCUCACUAGGCCGGAAGGACCGUCCAUGGCGCUCCUAGCUAUACAGGAGGCCGUUGCAGAGGUGAAGCGUGACCCACUCGUUGACCGUGCCCAGUGGUGCGCCAAAUUCGCGGCCAUCCCGCCAGGGCGCGGGGUCGUUCUGGCGGGGUCGCCGUGGUUCCACGCGUACGAAAUGGACUUCGGUUUUGGAAGGCCGGCGAGGUUCCUGACGUCCAUGAACCACGAUGGCGAGAUCAUGCUCAUUGCUGGGAGGGAGCCUGGUUCGGUUCAGUUGUCCGUGCUGAUUGAUGCUGAGAAGAUGCCGGCACUCCAUGCUACCUUCCAACUGGAGCGCCACGGCGAUGCCAAUGCCUGAAUCGGAGAAUUUCGGCUUUGAGGUUGUAAUUCCAUCAUGUAAUAAGUUCUACAUGCGUGGUGGCUUUCAAUAAGACAUCCAACACAACACAUGCAACAAUUUUUCUACCAAUAAAAUAUGGA